UUACAAUGAUUAUUAUUACUAUUAUUAUUGAAUCUGUAUUUUCAAACUUGUGGUUAAUUAAAAUGACAAAAGCAGAGUAAACUGUUAUGAAAUAAGGAAUGUAAAAUACCCAGUUAAACAAAUAAUGUGACAAAACCUAUAUGACAUAUAUAUUUUUAUUUAUUUUAAUACAAGUAUACAGCAUACUGUAAAAUAGUGAACCUAACUGGAAUGAUCUUAAAUGUGAAUAUUAAGAGGGAAUGGAUUAUUUUUUAUAUCGGUUUUUGUUAUGUUAUUAUUCAUAUUUGAAUGAUUUGAGACUGCAGUUCCACCGCCCACCAGUUGAGGCCAACCAAACCCGGAGCGCCUCUACUUUUAACUUCCGUCUCCAAAACCAAAAUGGGUGGCGCCAAAGCUUGACAACAAAGCAGCUGGUCCCUCACAACGGACCACCCGAAAAAGCUCGCUUUUCUCCCCAAAGUUCACCUUCAACGACUUUUUUUCUCUUCCGCCAACAACGUCCGGAUUUUAUAACAAGGUCUCGGGAGUGUUUUUGAUCGUCCAAAUGUCAACAUGGCUCCGAAGAGCGAGCAACUUCUCAUCGUGUUGUCCAUUCUGGAAGGGCGCGAUUUCCCCAAGUGCCCUCGGCUCAGCUUGGAGGUUCAGGCGAGCUUCGACGGCGAGCAGCUGACCACCGACCCCGUGGAGCACCUGGACCAGCCGCACUUCAGCACCGAGCUUGCCUGGGAGCUGGACCGCAAGAUGCUGCACCAGCACAGACUGCAGAGGACCCCCAUCAAGCUUCAGUGUUUCACCGUGGACUCCAGCAACAACAGCAGGGAGAACGUGGGCUACAUUGUGCUGGACCUCAGAUCCGUUCAGGAAGUCCCACAGGAUCCUCGCUGGCAUAUGCUGCUGAGCAGCAAGUACAUAAAAAAGAAGCCGUCGCUGCUCCUCAGCAUGGUGCUGGAGAAUGACGGCAAGUCCACGCCUCCACCACCGCCCUCUCCCCAAGCACCCCGAAACAAGAAGGCCCAAAGAGCGCCUCGCUCGAGCGGGCCCGUAGCCCCGCAGCCCCUCCUGGACAAGCUGGAGGCGGUCCUGGUGCCUGAGCAGGGUUACCAUCAGGUGGGACCCGACAGCGUGGCCACCGACAUGUUUGUGCUGUCCGUCACUGUGGCUUUUGUCGCCAAGUUGGAACAGUUAAUCCCCACCACACUCAAGUUGUCAUCAGAGGAUGCCGGCUUCUUCUUUUUCUACACACUGCUGGGCAACGACAUCACCAGUGAGCCCUUCCGGAACCUCCUGACGCCGGACUUCCAGCCCGAGCGCGCCUCGGUGCGCGUCCGCAGCAGCGACCGCGCCCUGCGCGCCUUCCUGUCGCAGCAACCGCCCUUGCAGAUCCACCUGUGCUGCGGCACGCACUCGCUGGGCAGCGCCGACGUGCCCCUGGCCCCGCUGGCCGGGCUCGCCGUGGACUUGGAGGAGAGGGCGGCCACAGUGGAGGGCGUGUUUGCGCUACAGCCGCCCGCCCGCGUCAGGCGCUCGCUGCCGGCGAUGCCCGCCGACUUGCAGCCUAACGUCAGCGUGGCCAUCACACUGCGUGCCAGUCCUGCAGACGUGGAGCCGCUCGCCGCAUAUCAGGCCCAGGGCGAGGGCGCCACUUCAUUGCUCGGCUGCGCCCUCAAAGCGUCCAUUCCGCCAUCGGCGCAUCGCUACUGUUUCUCUCUGGAUCUCUGCAACCUCAGACAGACCGGACUCUUACACACCAUCGCUGCCACAAUCAGGUACUCGUACGAGUUCUUCGGCAGCGCGGUGCCCGUGAUGACCAGCCACCCCGUGGAGCUGCGCAGGAACACGGACGUGUCUCUGCCGCACUCUUACUGCGCCUUCGACUUUGCCGCCGUGCCGCAGCAGCUGCAGGAUACCUUCCUCAGAAUUCCUCUGGUGUUGGAGCUGUGGCACCACGACGCCGGCAGUACCAACGAUUUCCUGAUUGGCCGAGCCUCGCUGCAGCUGUCUCGGCUGCUUGCCGCCGAGAGGAGCCGACACCCGGCCGCCGAGAGGGAGGCGCCCUGGCGCCAAAUCCACCAGGACCGAAUCCCCUUCUUCUCCACCCAGAGCUCCAACGAGAAAGCAGCAGAGUUGAGCCUGGUGGCCACACUGGACGACUUUGGGCUCGUGAACCCUAAGGACAUCCCCGUGUCGGAUUCGUGGCCGAAUGAGCCCGCGCCUCCUCUGCCAGAGAUGGCCGCCGAGCCAGCUGUGCCGCCUGCGCCCGGGGGCCCGCCGCCCCCCCGAGAUAGCGCCGAGUACCGCACGGCCCUGGAGCUAGAGCUGUGGAAGGAGACGCAGGAGGAUCUGUUCAAUGAUCAGCUCCGGAAGAAGGAGUUGACUCACAUGCAGGCGCUGGCGGAGGAGUGGAUGCGACGAGAGCGCGAGAGGGAAGCCUGCGUGAAAAAGAAGGAAAUGGAGUGCAGUCGUCUGGAGGAGCAGCUUCAGAAGACUCUGUCUGAUCUGGAGAAGAAGGAGAAGAUUCUGAGUGAAGCCGAGCUAAAGACCCAAAGGCUGCAGCGUGACCUCCAAGCCGAACACAAGCUAGAGCGGAAGGAGGCGCAGGAGACCGUCAAGAGGUUGCAGCUGGAGUGCGACCACCGGAUUGCGCUAGAGCGAGACAAAGUGCGCCUGAUGGAGGAGGAGCGAACGCGGCUCCUCAAGCAGAUCACAGACUGGGAGAACCGCUACAAGCAACUGGAGAAAGACUUUUAUACCUUCAAGGAGCAACAGAACAUCAAACCCGAAGUCCGCCUGCAGUCCGAGAUCAACAUUCUGACACUGGAGAAGGUGGAGCUGGAGAGGAAGCUGGAGUCCACCACCAAGUCCAAACUUCAUUACAAGCAGCAAUGGGGGCGCGCACUGAAGGAACUGGGUCGCUUCAAACAGCGCAAGGAGGAGAGCGAGAUUAUGCGUCUGAAGAAGCAGCAGGCCGAGUUGGACGCCAUGAGGCUGCGCUACGUGGCCGCCGAGGAGAAGGAGGUGGUACGACAAGAGCGGCAGGAAUUGGGGGACAUCAGGAACGAACUCAAUAGGUUGAAGCAGCAAGGGGAUAUAGGCCCCACCUCCUCGGGCCCAGUCCCCAGUUUGAACCACAGCGCAGAGGAACACCUGAGCCGCCUUCUGGAGGAGCGUGACACACUUCUCCGGACCGGCGUCUACGGGCACGACGACCGCAUCAUCGCCGAACUCAACCGGCAAAUCGGCGACGCCAUGGCCGACGUCAGCUGACGGCCAAUCCGCGAACAGCCAUCGUACAUCACGGCUGGAACGCUUUCGUUGCGCUCAUGGAAAGUGCCGAGCUCGGCUACCCCUUCCAAAAUGUGAAAGUAGCAUGUGAAUAAUAACCAGAGUUUUUAUUUAUU